AUGAUUCUUACCGAAGGACGUUUUAAAUCUAGCUGCUCUCAAUUGGAACUUUCGCAACAAAAUGCUUCCUUGGAGAAUGAAGUCAAUAGGUUGAAAAUGGAACUUCAAGAGGUCCAGAAAUUGAGGGGAGAACUUCAAGUUGCAAAUCUUGAGGUUGAAAGCCUUCGCAACCGAAACCAAGAACUUAGAGUACAACAUGAGACAUUGCUUAAGGAAUUAAAGACCCAGAACGAAAAAAUCAUUCAAAGUAAAAUAAAUUUGACUGUGAAGAAGAAUCAUCUUCAAGAACAAUAUAAUCAAUUAAAGCGAUCUCAUGAUGUUCUUAAGAAAAAGAAUAAGUCUCUCUCUGCUGAUGAAAAGAAGAUUCGCUCCCGUAUUAAUGGUUCAGUUGGUGAUGAUUUUGAUAAAGUUAUGGAAAGUAUGAAGAAUAACACCCUUAUCCUUUCUAAGUUCUGCGAAGAUUCUGAAAAGUCAAAUCAAUCUACUGUUACUCAAUUGAGAUAUGAUUUAUCCAAAGUUCGCAAAGAGCGUUUGAACCUUGAACUUUCUCUUGCUGCUUCUCGAGAUAGAGCGCGAAGAAGACUCGCACAUCAACAAUCUUUUUUAGAGAUCAAUGUUAGAAACCUUGAAAAGGGAGUUAUUCGCAAGGCUCAUGCUAGUGCUCAAUCUGUAGUUAAUGGAAUUCUUCUAAGCAACUCUCUUCCUGCGGUAAGGAUUCAUCCUAUUAAUGUAGGCGAAGAUGAAGAGUACCCUGAACCGGAUAGUGAUUAUGAAUUUGUGAACGAUGAUGAGAAGGAUAAAGAGGAUGAAGAGGAUCAAAUUGAGAAGGAAAAGUCUGUUGAUAAGACUAAUGCCGAAAUAGAGAAUCCUGGAUCCAAUAUUGAUGCUCAAAAGUCUUUGGUCGAACAAGAUGUAGCUGCUAAACAUGUUUAUUUUUAUUUUCACCCAGUAUUUCCCUUCUCUGUUUUGAUACAUUUUGAACUUGUUUGUUACAAGGAAGAUAAUAUUGUAUUAUUUCAAUUCCAGUACUUUCCGCUUAUUAGAUUUCUUGUAUAA